UAAAAUGACUGAAACCGCUACCGAAGUUGCUGCUGCGGCUCCUGCUGCUGCUUCACCGGCCAAGGCCCCGAAGAAGGCCAAGGCUGCCAAAGGAGGUACAGCGAAACCGAAAAAGCCAUCGACCCAUCCACCAGUAAACGAUAUGGUUUUGGCAGCCAUCAAGGCCUUGAAGGAACGCAACGGUUCAUCGCUGCAGGCCAUCAAGAAAUACAUCGCCGCCAACUACAAGUGCGAUGUCGCCAAACUGGCUCCGUUCAUCAAGAAGUCCCUGAAAUCGGGUGUCGAGAAGGGAAAGCUUGCCCAGGCCAAGGGAACCGGCGCUUCCGGAUCGUUUAAGGUUAAGGUCGACGCUAAGAAACCGGCUGGUGAGAAAAAGCCAAAGAAGGCUGCUGGCGCCAAAAAACCAAAGAAGGCUUCUGGUGAGAAAAAAGUGGCUGCCAAGAAGCCAGCUGGCGAGAAGAAGGCUAAGAAACCGAAAGUUGCUGCCGCUAAGAAGUCUGUAGCGAAGGCAGCCCCUGCAAAGGCCACCAAGAAGGCAGCUGCUCCCAAACAGAAAGCCACCAAACCGUCGAAAGCCGCAGCCAACAAACCGAAGACCCCAAAGCCAAAGGAAGCCGUACCAGCCAAGAAAGCUGCUCCAAAGAAAGCCGCCGCUAAGAAGUAAAUUCAGUUGAAAUUGGAUUUUCUAGCUCAGCAUAACAAAAACAGUCCUUUUCAGGACUAUCAAGUAAUUCUCAAAAGAAUUUGAUUGAUAUCUUUCCAUUGAAUAUCGAACCUUUUUCGAAACAGUGCAGUGAACCCACUUUCAUAAAUGUUUGCAAAAGCGAUAACACAAAUUAAUAUUACGCUUCACUGGGUAGCGUUGAGAAGCUGUGAAGCGAAGAAUUUUUAAUUUUGUGCUGUGCUCGUAAAAUAUUGUGGUUAAAAUGUUUCGAUCUGCCCAUUUAGCGAAAAUGACAAUAUCUCAAUGUCCAACAUAACAUAACAUAAUGGUUAUGUAAAUUUAUUGCUCUACAAGUUAAGAAAAUGUUUCACAUACGUUUCUCAUCGUUACAUGGUAGUUAAUAUGUAAAUACACAAUUCGUCGCCACGACAAACAUCUCGGUUAACGUAUGUCCUAUUGUUGCUUGAGUCAAUCAUUUGUUAGCAUUCCCAAAUAAAGCCAACGGUUUAAAAUACUUCAUUGCUAGUGGAUAGGUGAUGUUUGUGACGUAAGCCACUCCCAUAUUCGAUUCGUUGGUAAAGGGCGUAUGGAUUUCGAUUAUAAUACUCAAAACUUUCUCUUUCUAGAGUUUUUGUACUCAAAAUCCACUAUCAUACAACAGUGCCAAAAAUAGGGCACAGUUUCCACAAUACACGAAAUUGUUUUCAGCUUUUCAAUAAUUUGAAAAGAACAAGUAUGCCAAAGAAUAACUACAGAAGAAUCUUCUUUUGAUUUUACGUGUUGACUUCAACCGAGUUACAGAAUUAAUUCA